AUGAAGCACAUGCAGGUCACCUUGUUGUUAGCCUUCGUGGCUACAGUCUGCAGUCAGUACGCUACAACAUAUCAGUCAGGCUCAAACCCAGAAUCAGAGUAUGGGCCACAACCAGGAUACGGACAAGACAACCUGGUUGACACAGGAAACCCAGCCCAACCAGAAUACCAGACAGAGCCAGUGUACGUACCUGAACCAGUUUCCACACCCCCACCUCAGUACACACCUGAAAUAGUGUACACGUCCGAACCAGUUUCCACACCAGAACCAGUUUACCCAGCCCAACCAGACUACGCAUCCAGACCAGUUUCCACACCAGAACCAGUUUACUCACCCCAACCAGACUACACAUCUACACCAGUUUCCACACCAGAACCAGUUUACCCAGCACAACCAGUCUACACAUCCAGACCAGUUUCCACACCAGAACCAGUUUAUGCAUCUGAACCAGACUACGUGUCUAGACCAGCCCCUACACCAGAACCAGUUUCCACACCCAGACCAGCGUAUUCCAACCCCUCCAACCCCAGCUCCCCAGAAUACGCACCAGUAUCUGGUCCUGAACCCCAGACUCCAGCUACAAGCUCCCCACAAGCGCCAGAGUAUGGAGCAGAGCCUGCGGCAAAGCAAGGUAUUUGCAAUCAGAAUUCUCCCAGCAACACAGCACCAGUCAGUGGAGUGUGUUACGCCUACUUCCAGUGUAAUGGAAGCCAGCCCCAGUAUCAGGAAUGUGCUCCCGGAGAAGGAUUUGACAAUUCGUCUGGCAGAUGUGUCCCUGACCCUACCUGUGUUAGCGCAUGUCCAGAAGGGUUUUCGCCAGAUCCAAAAGAUAGCAGCAGAUAUUUGGUGAACGGAAGGUCGCUACCAUGCCCCAAGUACACUGUCUUCGACUACAAACUUUGUACCUGUGUUAGGUCAUCGUCCACAAACACAGGACCUAGUUAUCCUGAUAAGUAUAGCACUCCAAGUACUCCUCGACCUUAUGGUACUUCUAGUCCCCCUACUUCUGGACCUUAUAGUGCUUCUCGUACUUAUUAA